GAGAGAGAGAGAAGAAAAGAAAGAGAGAAAAAAAAGAUGUGCGUUGAUAAAAACGGAGGGAAAAGAAGUGGUAGUGCAAACGAGGAGAGAAAGGAAAAACCCGGGGCACCUUGCACCGUUAAUCGCGUCCCUGAGGUAGCUUUCGCCCCCACCAAGUGACCGACCUCCCCUCCAAUGAUACGUUCUGUACGUACCCCCCUCCACACAUUUCCUUCUAUAUUCUCCCUUAUAUUCUACUGAGCCGCGGUCGGCUCAGUUAGUCGCGCGACGCCGUCGGUGGCGGUUGUCUUAUUUCUGUAGUUAGUGUGCUCCGUUGACUAAUCUGCACGCGCGCGCGUGUGUGUGAAAGUGUCACCGAGGAGAACGCCUGUAUCGCGUGCAUGCGUGCUCUCUCGUCGUGCGUGAGUGUAUCUGGUUAUAUAGAACGUAUAUAUAUAUAUAUAUAUAUUAUCUACACGUCGUAUACGUAUGUGAGUCCUACUAUUAUAGCAGCGACACAUUUCAACCGAGCAGUCUGUGCAUAUAUAUACACACACGCGUAUAUCGUUCGCCUUCAUCCAUCCAAGUAUAUCCAUCCAUCCACCUACACUAUUACUACUACUACUACUACUACUACUAUUAUUACUACGCUACUACUACUGCUGCUACUACACCAUUAGGAAACGCGCGCACACCACAGUGAUCGUGUAUAUAUCAUCAUCUUCACCAUCGUCGUCGCUUUCGUCGUCGUCACAUCUUGUCUUCCGCUCUUGGCUGUUCUCGCACAAAAGAAAGAACGACGACAUCAUCCACAGUCAUGCCGGCAACGCGGGAGUGUUACCCCAUACGUCGCUCGAAUAUCUCGCCAGGUUACUAGUGAAGGACUCGUCGACUAAUCAACAGCGUACCGGAUACUACGAACGAACGGUUCUGGAUAAAGAGCAAGAAAAGCAAACGAGUAGCAAGCAAGCUAGCAAGCUAGCAAGCUGCUAGCAAGCAAAGCAAAGCAAGCAAGAAAGCAAGCAAGAAAGCAAAGCAAAGCAAGGAAUAAAGAGAAAGAGAAAGAGUACGUGGGAGAUAGCAGCGAGAUUAUCCUCGUCGAGUUGAGCUUCUUCGCAGAGGGAAGAAGGAAAGCAAGCAAGCAAGCAAGUUAUAUAGGAAGAAAAGGAGGCGUGAAGAAGCAGGAAGGAGGUGGUGUAGAGGUCGCAUUCGAGUCUUUGGAGGUGUCUGAGGAAGAGGAAGAGGAGGAGGAUAAAGAUAAAGAUAAAGAAAAAGAAAAGAGACAGAAUGAACGGCCCUGGGAGCCAUCAGCAUCGUGGGUUGGGUAUCGCAGGACGUUACAGGGCCGUGGUUGGGAGUGGAGCCUCAUCGGGGCCACACACGAGGCCUACGGCACCCCAACAUCCUCGUGGGGGAUGGCAUCCCCACAACCAACAUUCUCAGCAUAUCCAACUUGGUCAGCAAUAUGCCGGAAACAAGGAAUAUCCGUAUCGACAGUGCCCGUCUCUACCGCGAUAUCAUAAUGGGGAUUGUCCAGGAGUUGGCACAUCGUCAGGUCCGACCGGUAAGGAAGUUUCCUACCACGCUAGCGUAGGUGGAAGCAGCGUUGGAUACAAACCACCUCCGCAGCACAGUCCACAAUCGAGAGGUCCGCCACCUCAUUUCCCUCAGGAAUCCGUUGGGCCAACAACCAACUCUACGCCGCUUCACAUCAGUAUUUGCGGACAAGAGAAUAUAAUGCGCGGUCCUCUUCCAAAUAUGAGUCCUGGGCUUGCAGCCAGCGACGUGGACAUGGAAUAUCGUAGAAAUUCACAAGCCACAAACCAGUUGCCACUGAGUCCUGUACAGAUUCAAGCCUCGCCCGCUUAUUAUAGGCAGCCUAGUCAGGAUGAUGGUAGAAAGAGCGAAUCACCGUCUAGAAAACGUCGUCGGAUAUCGAGAAAUGGUACGGUUUCUGGAAUUGAAGUAAGAGAAACUACACCACCGGCACCAACGCCACCUCUACAUACGACCCCACCAACCUGGGAAUUUUCAUCAGCUUCGCAACGUCGAUCUCCACGUAACCACAUGUCUACACGCGGUAGUCCUACAAUGAGAAAUCGGUAUCAACGAUAUACGGAUUCCUUUGGUCUUUCCUAUCCCUUUAUCCCUGGCCAUAAUCCCCAUGCUACGAUCCAUAAUUCGCAUCACGGAAUUCAUAGUUCGCAUCACAAUAUCCACAACUCCCAUCAUAAUCUACACAGCUCGCAUCAUAAUAUUCACAAUGCGCAUCAAACGCAUCCUCGACAUCCGCCUGGUACAGGACAUCAUCCUGCGCAAGGUGCUAAUGGACCAGUAGUCGUUGAUGUGGGUCAAGUCGGUGUGUCUGGUCUUAAUGUCGCUGUUAGUGGCGAACCAUUGUGGCAUCCACAACCAACGAGCUAUAGGAUUCCUUGUCAGGUGCACGGAAUUUAUACGCCUGGAGCACAUCCAUUCGCGCAUUCGUGUCAAGUCACGCAUCAUCAUAAUCAUUAUUCUGCGGCUCAUGCGACUCAUUCUGGUCAUAGUUUGGUAGGAUCCAUAGUUGGCGCAACCUCUAGGGGGUAUCCAACUCCUGCAGGAGGUCCAGUUGCUGCACUUCAUCAUGCACAUGCACCACCUCCACCCGUCCAUACUACUCAUUAUACGGCCCACCACCAACUAUCUCAGCAGAGAGAGGUAGAACUUGAAUUAAUAGAAUCCCACCAUCAUCACAGAGUUGGAGCUACUGCCGGAGCACCGUUACCAUUGCCACAUUCGUAUUCUCCUCCAGCUCUCACACAAGUAACAACACCGCCUCCGAUUUUCUUAUCCGAGACGAGAAAUAAUCAAUUGGAAAUGAUACAGACGAGAACUCGCAGAGCGGUUUCGAAUCUUCAUGCUGUCAGGCGAUCAAGAUCGAGUAGAUGGAGAGGCACGCCUCCAUUACCACCUACGACAUAUCCAGGAUUUUUGUUACAUUUCUUAGCGAUGUUCAGCAAUCCACCUUUAUCUCCAUACAGCCAUGCAGAUUUGUCCUCGCCAGAUUCAGCGACGGAAAAUUACGAGGCACUUCUAUCUUUGGCUGAAAGACUUGGAGAAGCUAAGCCACGUGGUUUAACGCGUGCCGAGGUUGAACAAUUACCUUCCUACAAAUUCAAUGCAGAAACGCAUCAGAGUGAUCAAACGAAUUGCGUUGUCUGCAUGUGUGAUUUCGAAGCACUGCAAUCGCUUCGUGUUUUGCCGUGCUCGCACGAAUUUCAUUCUAAAUGCAUCGACAAGUGGCUUAAAUCAAACAGAACGUGCCCGAUAUGUCGUGGUGACGCUGGAGAAUAUAUUUCGUAAUAGUGGAUAGACAAGUAGCGACUGGCGCCAAGCUGCUGCUCAAAUGCGCAAUGGCGCCGGAUCUUCUUCGUCGUCGUCGGGGACGCUACUUCGUACAGAACCUCCAGCCGUCAUGUUGUUGGUUUGUGCAAAUUCAUGUCCAUAAGCAUUUCUGCCUUUUCUCCUGUGAAAGUGAAUCGUUGAUUGUAUUCGAACUCCUGAAAAUUCUUAGCAGCGUUUUUCGGAGAAGCUAAAAAACCUCGUAUCUAUCCCCGUUUUGAAAAAAAGAAAAAGAAAAAAAAGAAAAAGGAAAAUGGAGAAAAGCGGAUGCAACGAAAGAUAUAUAUACAGUAAAAGAAAUUUGAGAAUGUUGGAUUCUUGUAAUAGAAGGGUACACAUCAUUUUUGCUUUUCCCUCAGGCGUUAGUAAAUUUACAAGUUAAAGAGCGUAAUUUAAUAAUACGUGUUGAAUUAUGGUUAAAACCUUAAAGGGGAUUAAAAAAAAAAGAAAAAAGAAAAACCAGAAUGAAAAGGUUUUGCGAGAAAGUUAUAUAUAUAUAAAAAAAAAAAAACUAUGUAGUUUUCAUUGACAGAGAAAAAAAAAAUUACCUGUCAUUCGUUUAAUUUUUAUUCGAAUCGCUUUGAUUAUGGUUUAACGCUCGUUUGUUAGUUGUGUUGCGCUAUUUUAUAUUAAUAUAUGUUUAUGUACAUAAUAUUUGUAUACAGAGAAAUCAGCACUUUCCAUUAACGUUCCAUUUUUGUAAUAGCUUAAAUUUUGAUCCUAUUCUAUAAUUGUAAAUAAUUACAUAAACGUCCGUAUAAAUGUGUGCGUGCGUAUAAAAGCCAAGUCUAGGUCUUUGUUUGAUAACUUACCAAAUGUAGGAUAAAUUCUUUUGCAAUAAAAGGUAAGAGAAACAA